AUGGCAUCGCAUCGUGCUUGCCGUACAGCAAGGACCAAGCAGCUAGAGGCAGGGUUAGUCGCCAACAGCGAGGGCCGGCCUCAGCCUACUUGGGCUUCUCGACAAGCUCGAGUCCCUGUUGCAUCAUGGCGUGGGCCUCGGCCGUACUGGACCGCGCGCUGCUGCGCUUCCGGCCUGCGUGCCAAAGGGGCGACCAACAGACCAGCCAGUCAGCCCGGCGCCGUAGUCACGCCGCACCAUCCUCUCUGCUCGGCCUUUCUCAGAGGCUGGGCUCCUCGCGGCCGCCAUCGCAGCGGGCGGCUGGCUGGACAAGGCUAUGUCCCGUCGCCGAGAGCACGAAAGGUCCCGACGUGGAAGAGGGACGCAUCGCGAGCCAGGCAGGAUGCGAUGCUCAGCCUGCCCGUCCGCCCUGCCUGGCCAUGGUUGCCUGCCUGCUCGUCGUUGCGUUGCGAGUUGGUUCUGCGUGCCUCCCAGGCGAGAGAGAGGGUCGUCCGCCUGGCGCCGCGUCUGCAAGCUGCCAGUCGCCCGUCGUUUCUUUCCCGCCUGUUGGCCUGCCCCUGA